AUGUCAUGGGACAGCGAGCAGGACGGCCAGGCGAGCACGAAUGCUAAGCGGCUCUCGGCGAUGAUCGACUCGCUCCACGACGCGAGCGUGGACGACUUUCUCUUCGUGCGGCGGUCGGUGUCGCCGGAGCGGGGCGGGUCGCCGGGGCGGCGGGUGGCGAAGCGGGAGAGCCAGGCGUCGGAGUACGCGGGGAGCAUCCACGAGGGGCAGCCGGUGUCGUACGUGGUGGCGAAGAACGCGGUGACGGACGUGCGGUGCGAGCCCAAGCUGCCGCCGCUGCCGCCGAAGGACGAGCGGGGGCGGCCGCUGGGGCUGGGGAUCCGCGGGGGGUCGGAGGAGGAGCUUGCGUUUCCGCGGGGCGAGAGCGCGAGCCCGGCGUCGCUGCGGCUGGUGCCGUCGCAGCUGCUGGGGGAGGGGCGCGCGAUGGGCGCGCAGACGCCGAACCGGUACAGCCUUCCGAGCGAGGUGAGCCCCCCGCACAUCCUCGGGCGGGAGCCGGACGGGGUGGGCGGCGCUCACCCCGCGCGGCCGAUUGUGCUCGACUCGGACGAGGACGAGCGGCCGCGGCCGCGCGUCAAGGCGGAGGACGACGUGGCGGCGCCGUUCCACUACCGGCCACGUGACGCGUCGCCGGACGAGGCCGUGCAGCCGCAUCCUGCGGUCUUCAGCUCGGCGGCGAGUCUCCGCCAGGACUCAGGAGACACGGACUCACUCCAGUCGAGCGUCAUCCCGAUCCUCAAGACCAGUGUGAUGGAGCGCCAGAAGAGCGGCAAGCGACCAGACCGCUCGUCUGUCUCGGAGUUCCAGCCCGUCAUACCAGCGCGGAACAAAAAUCGGCCCAAGUCGGCCGUGUUCAUCCAGCAGGGCUUGGAGAACAUCCAGCGACAGCUCGAGCGCGAGAUGAUCGGGGCCGACACGUCGCCCGGCGUGCCGUAUGCCCACUCCCGGGACGCCUCCGUGUCCACCGCGACGAAGUCCGACAGCUACUUCUCCGCCACAGAGCUGAACGAUCCGAGCAACGCGAACGACAAGUCGUUCGGGGAGGAAACCUUGCGGAAUGUCGACAGCGCAGAUCACAAUGGCGUGCCGUCCACCGGCACGCCCACCGACUUUGAGGACAACCACUAUCUCUCCAGGCCCCUACCCACGCUGCCCAACAGGGAAACCAGUGUCAACACGCUUACUCGCACCGCCCUUUCCGACGAGGUCUUCAACACAUCUCCGUUGGUGAUUCCAUCCAACCUGCCGACUAAGGCCGAGAAAGCGGAGGCCGACGAAGAGCAGUGGGAGGAUGAGUACAAAUUUGCCGAGGGUAUAGAGGGAGAGCUCGCCAAGCUCAGCGUACAGGGCAAGAGUAAAGAUACCAAGGUACCGUCUCGAGGGAAAGCUACUGAGCCUAGCACCAGCUUGCAGAGCAAGUCGAAAUCUAGCACUGCCAAGAACAAAAAGAGGAAGGACGUGCGCUCAUUUGAUAUUGAUACGAUCUCACAGUUGUUGAACGCUACCAAAGGUACACUCAUAGGUUCCGAAUUUGCAAAUCUCGGCAUCCGCACUGAGGAAAAGCGGGCGUUGGAGCGUCUUGUAGACUCUCUAUCCCGCCUCACUGCCGACAUGGUCGUGGACCCAGACCGUUACACCGAAGGGCUCCGCAGGCUUGAAAAGGCCACACGCGCAUUGGACGGCUUUUAG